CAUCUAUCUAUCUAUAUAUCUAUGUAUCUAACUAACUAACUAACAUAUAAUUAACAAGAAUAAGAAUAAAAUAGGUUUCAUAUUUUAAGGGCGGUCGGUUGGUUUUGUGGAGCUGACGUUUCCGUGCUACCUCCUCCUCCUCCAGCCCUGCGUCGUUCCGUGCCGGGCCGUGCUGUGGAUGGGAGGGGGGAGUUGUUUGGGGAUGGUGGGCCGUGGUAUCGCGUCUUUCGGCUCGGGUCCUCGAUAUCUUGCUAGCACACGACCUGCAUCUAGUAUGAAUUGUUUACGAGAGGAAUGAAGAAUAGCGGUUGCUACUGUCGCCGCAGCAGCUGCUUCUUUUUGACAUCCCCCUGAAGACAGUGAGUAGCUAUGGCUGAACAAGACAUUUGUCCCCACCUGGACUCCAUAGGAGAGAUAACCAAAGAGGACCUCCUCCAGAAAUCCAAGGGGACCUGCCAGUCAUGUGGAGCAGGUGGCCCAAACCUGUGGGCCUGUCUGCAGAAUGACUGCCCAUAUGUUGGUUGUGGAGAGUCCUACUCCGAUCACAGCACCCUGCAUGCACAGGCUAAGAAGCACAACCUGACCGUGAACCUGACGACAUUCAGGAUCUGGUGUUACGUGUGUGAGCGGGAGGUGUUUCUGGAGCACAGGCCUGCCCUGGUGCCCGUACCUGCUGCUCCUCACCACUGUAAAGCUGCAGAGCAGGAAGCAGCUCCUCAGCCAGUAGGUCACCCGCUGAAAGCAGUACCAAUUGCUGUGGCAGAAGAAGAAGGUUCAGAGUCAGAGGAGGAUGAGCUUAAACCCAGAGGCUUGACAGGAAUGAAAAAUAUUGGAAACUCUUGCUACAUGAAUGCAGCUCUUCAGGCUCUGUCCAACUGUCCUCCUCUCACUCAGUUCUUCCUGGACUGCAGUGGAUUGGUCCGGACCGACAAGAAGCCUGCUCUCUGUAAGAGCUACCAGAAACUCAUCUCAGAGCUCUGGCAUAAAAAACGGCCCAGCUAUGUUGUCCCUACCAGUCUGUCUCAUGGCAUCAAACUCGUAAACCCCAUGUUUCGUGGUUACGCUCAGCAGGACACUCAGGAGUUCCUGCGCUGUCUGAUGGACCAGUUACACGAGGAGCUGAAGGAGCCCCUGACAGAGUGCAGCAUGAGCGGGGAGGGAAGUGACGGGGAGGAGAGAAGAGAUGGCGACCGCUCCCCGUCCGAGGACGAAUUCCUGUCCUGCGACUCUGCUCCAGCUAGCGACCGCGGGGAGGGAGGAGGUGCAGGCGACGGCGAGCUGCUCAUGCAGGACGAGUGCGACGGGGUCAGGUCGUCACCGGUGGUGGGCAUGGUGGCCGUCAGUCCCGGCGGGAUGAUCUCAGAGAAGGAGAGGCUGAAGGAACGGAGGGUGUCUGGCUCGUCCCUCCGUGGAGGCUCGCAAGAGAUGGACGAGGACGCAGAUGUAGAUACAGCGGCUGAGGAGGAGGUUCCUGAGAGGGGAGAGGAAGAGGAGGUGACACCGGCUCCAAACACUGAGAUCCAAAACCAAGAGAAUAACCAGACAUCUAAUACCGGACAGGGGCAAGGCCAGAGCAACAACACCUCAGAGCCAGACAAUGAAGCAUCAAUGACCCAGCCCCAGUCCACUCCCUGCAGUCCUGUGCGAACCCUUCAGGAGCUGCAUCCCAAACUGUCCUCCAGUCCACCUCGCUCGAGCCCACUUCGCUCUGCAGGACCUGCGUACUCCUUCAAAAAAGCUCAGCUGCUGCUCAGUGCCAGGAAGAAGAAACAGUCCCACUAUCGCAGUGUGAUCUCUGACAUCUUUGAUGGCUCUAUCCUCAGUCUGGUCCAGUGUUUAACCUGUGACAGGGUCUCUACUACAGUGGAAACCUUCCAAGACUUGUCCCUCCCUAUUCCUGGCAAAGAGGACUUGGCCAAGCUCCACUCCUCCAUCCAUCAAAAUCUUCCAGUCAAGACAGGCGUUUGUCCCGACACUUAUGGCUCACAGGGCUGGAUCUCCUACAUCAUGGACUCCAUACGCCGGUUUGUAGUCUCGUGUAUCCCCAGUUGGUUUUGGGGGCCCAUGGUAACACUAGAGGACUGCCUCGCUGCCUUCUUUGCUGCAGAUGAACUCAAAGGGGACAACAUGUACAGCUGUGAGAGAUGUAAAAAGCUGAGAAAUGGUGUGAAGUAUUGCAAAGUGCUUCGACUUCCAGAGAUUCUGUGCAUUCACCUGAAGCGUUUCCGGCACGAGGUCAUGUAUUCGUUCAAGAUAAGCAACCAUGUAUCUUUCCCAUUGGAGGGCCUCGACAUGCGACCUUUUCUGGCUAAAGAAAGUCCAUCCCAAGUCACCACCUAUGACCUACUUUCAGUCAUUUGUCACCAUGGCACGGCAGGAAGUGGACACUACAUAGCUUACUGUCAGAAUGUGAUCAAUGGCCAGUGGUAUGAAUUUGAUGAUCAGUAUGUCACAGAAGUCCACGAGACGGUGGUGCAGAAUGCAGAGGCCUACGUGUUGUUCUAUAGGAAAAGUAGCGAGGAGUCAGUGAGAGAGAGGCAGAAGGUGGUGGCUCUGGCCAACAUGAAAGAGCCCAGCCUGCUGCAGUUUUACAUCUCCAGAGAAUGGCUCAACAAGUUCAACACCUUUGCCGAACCAGGCCCCAUCAGCAACCACACAUUUCUUUGUCGGCAUGGAGGCAUCCCUCCUAAUAAAUACCACUACAUAGACGACCUGGUUGUGAUAGUUCCACAGAAUGUGUGGGAGUACCUUUACAACAGUUUUGGAGGCGGCCCUGCAGUCAACCACCUCUACAUGUGUGCCAUCUGCCAAGUGGAGAUCGAAGCUCUGGCUAAACGCAGAAAAAUGGAAAUAGACACAUUCAUUAAGCUGAACAAAGAGUUCCAGGCUGAGGAGGCUCCAACAGUGAUCCUAUGUAUCAGCAUGCAGUGGUUCAGAGAGUGGGAGAGCUUUGUGAAGGGCAAAGACAACGAGCCACCUGGUCCCAUCGACAACAGUAAAAUUGGCGUCAUGAAAGGAGGACACAUACAACUCAAGCAAGGUGCAGACUAUGGUCAGAUCUCAGAGGAGACAUGGCAGUACUUGUUGGGUAUUUAUGGCGGAGGCCCUGAGAUCGCAGUGAGACAGACGGUGGCCCCAGCUGACCCCGACAGCCUUCACGGAGAGAGGAAAAUCGAGGCAGAGACCAGAGCACUUUGAGAUAAAGAGAGGUCUUCUGACUCCUUUUUCCACUCCUGCCCUCACGAGAAGCUGAGGAAUUUGCACCUUGGCGAAGAAGCCUUGUUGUGAGCACUUUGUAAAUGUAGCAACGUGUUACGCUGAAGCCGUGUCGCAGGAAGGUGAAGCAGUACUUUAAAAUAUCACGUAGUUUAUUUAUCAGAUAACUCUGAUCCUCAAUGUUAAGGUGUAAAAAAUAAGACGUCAUGUCACAUCUCCAGAGCUGUUUUUGGUUUAGCUAUGGUGUUUCAGUGGUUGCUCUAGUGACUAGGUGUCAUAUACUGCUAAGCUGGCUGCGGCAGGCAGACGGCUGCUGGUGUCAUGAACCAGAGCGCUGAGGAGAACAGAACUACAGUGUGAUGUUUGGCUUUACGACUUUUCCUAUUCACUGAAAGCAACAACCAAGAGACAUUAACACGCUUUCUGUUGUUUGCCUGUUUACUAGUUACAUAGCAACAAGUUCAGACAUCAAGUGCAUAAAUCAUACUCUUGCACCUCCAACCUUAAAUACACAUACACUGAGCCCUCAGGAAUGGAAGACUUUUGUUUGUUUAAGCCAGUGAAAUGAUAAGAUUAGUGAAAAAAAUUAAAUAAAAUACCAUAGCUGGUUGUUUCAAACCACAAAAAAUGCAUGUGUGGGUUUUAAAAGACCAUAUUCGGGGUCAUUUGUAUUUGAACAGCUUCAAAAUGCAUGCAACCGCGACUCUUUUUCUUUGGACCGGUAAGGAGAUUUCUUUACUUUGACAGGGUGAGAUGCCUUUUCUUUGCUCAGACAAUAACAAAUCUAUGUGCUCAAAAUUAUGGAAAUAUUGACUCAAGCCUAUUCAGUUUAAGCCAAUACUACCCAAAAAAUGUGCAUACAAAAGUAGGCAUAUGGGCAUAUACCUGUAGAUAUAUGAGUAGAAUUUUAAACCAAGUAGAGAAAUGGCAAAUUUAUGAAAAGACAUACUUAUUUACAGAUGGAAAGAGUGCAGGAGCUAAGCUAAGGAAGACAACUGUGUAUCUGGUGCAAUAACAGUGAAUUUGCUGAGGACUAAUGAGAGAGUCUUGUGCUACAAAAUGUCUCAACAGGCUUUUCUGAUAAUAGUUUACGUUGUAUGUUUGCUAUUCUUAUGAGACAUCACCGUGUGAGUCACCUCAUAUGUCAGUUCUUAGAUGAGAUGAUUCUAAAUUGACCAAUAAUGCAGUGUCUGUUCAAACUAAGAGAGGGCAGCAUUAAAUGAGAUGAUUUUUUUUCACCAUGUAACAAUUUAGCAAGAAUGAAAUAAUCUCACAAAGUAGCACAACAUGCACAAAGUCAGACCUGUUACCGUAAUAAAGUCAUGUCCCUAUUCUGACCCUAAUUGAUCAUAUAUAUUUUCUUAUUCAUGCAUAAAUGUGCUUGGUUGGUUACCAGAGCUUUGGAAACAUGAUUCUGCCCUGUGGUAGAAAAUGUAUAUUGCAAGAUAUUUGCUUGUUAAAAUAUUUGUGCAUCUGCAAAUUGCAUCACUGUUAAAGAUGCAUUUUAAAAUUUUAUGUAAAGAUACACCUGUUUUCACUAAUUGAACCGCUGCACCUAGUUUACUCAGAUUAGAUUCUGGUGUACAGUUUGGACAGCACCACCCACACAGGAAGUGAGGAAUCAAAACAGGCCUCCAACCACAGCGCUCUGUGCUAAGAAAACUGGAUUAAAAUCUGAUACUUAUCUUUUUUAUGUAUUUUAAUCACAAACAGAUCAGACUGAUAAACAAGUGUGUUGCUGUGCAAUUUGUCAGCAAAGUUCACACAGUUGACUGACUUACUGACAGAGGAUCGUUAUCUCUACAAGGGAGGUUUUGUUUUCACCCAUUUGUUUGUUUAUUUGUCAGCUUACUUACUUAUAAAUACAUGCCAGUUUUGAAAGCCCAAACAAAAAAUAUUUCAAUAUCACAAUUCAUUUAUACUGUUUAUAAAAUUAAUAAAUUAACAAUUGUUCAUUUAUAGUCAAUUUACAGUCACUGUUUAAUGGUGAAAGCCCAUGAGCCACAUUACAUAAAGUACCAAUUCACAGUUAAUGAAUUGUUUUUAAAAUCUUUUUUGAUCAUCACUAAACCUCCAUAGGUAGGAGAUCUACUUGGAUUAAUACAGCUGCCCAGCUAUUACCAGUCCAAACAGUGACAAGACAAGUUAAUUAAUACAAAUGUGUGACAGCACAGCGUCUUGAGGCCUAUUUGUGAACAGAUAAGAGAAUUAUCUGCAAAAACCUGUAGUUUUCUAUGCCAAAUGACUAACCAUGAGAAUGAAUGCUGUACUGAGCAGGUCUUAAGCUGCUAUGCAGUAUUCUCAUAAGGAAACAGAAGUUCUUACAUUUAGCUUUUUUCUACAGUUUUUUGUUGCAGAAUUAGAACUGUUAAAUCUGAAAUACAGACACGUUAAUUAUAAUCUGAAAUGUGAAGAAUAUGAUAAUGUAAUAACUGAAGAUCAUUGAGACAGUCUACUUUGGAAUACAGUGCCUCCAAGCCCUCAUAUACCCACAGUGCACCUGUGUGUGCAUGUACAGACAAUAUUUAUUGACAGCUCAGUCAAAAAAAAAAAGAAAAACAGUGAUCAGGAAAAUUUAAUUUGAAUAUGUUACAAGGACAAGCAAGACAGAACAUACUUAAUCUGAUAAAGUCCAAAAGUUUCAACAAGCUCAGCAGAUUCUCUAAGUGUAAUUAUCAGAACAGCAGCUUUAACAUCCCCCAGGCAAUUUAUCCAACAAGGCAAGCAGAGUGUAAACCAAAAUCUCCUAGGUGUUGUAAUAGACUUUUAUCCACAGAUAUUUUGACUUGUCAUAGCAGAAAAAGUGUUUGUGACUAAUCACUAUAUCGCCUACAAUCACUACAUUAAAUUGAAGUGUCAUCAUAAUUAAGCCUUUCAGCAGGGCCCUGAAACCAGAGGACCUAAACGGAAGGCAGCUGUGCACUUCUUCAGCGUCAUUUGCAUGUGGUUUAUGACUCUGUAAACCAUCUGUAUGAACGCCAUUGGUCAACAUUGCAAAUCAGCAUUUGUGUUUUAUUUUUUUUUUCAAAGUUAAAGCAACAUCAUUGCUCUGUAAGUGCUGGUGAUAUAAGUAUAUUUACUCUCCUUUAGCUCUGUUUUUAGUCCCUACCAACCCCCAGAGGAAAUAUCACCAGCUAACUAUCUCACUAACUGUGUCUGUCUGCCAUUUGUGGUACUUAGCAGGUAGUGUACAGUGGGCUUCUCUGGCUUUUUUUUUUGUUGUUUGUUUGCUGAAAACAGCUGAAGACAACACUAUGUGAGUGGUGAAAGUGAACCAAAUUAGCUAAACAGUACUUUAAAGUUGCUGUAUAAAGCUCCAAUAAAACCAGGGGGAGCUACAGAUUCAGGUGAUAAUUAUCUAUGGGGUUUUUCAGUUAUUACAAAAAUAUUGAUUCUAAUCACUUUAAAUUCAAAGCUAAUGGUAGUUAAUGAGAGGACACUGAUUUAUUUGUCUCAACAGUUUUUUAGUGUCAAGUUUUUCAUUUCAUACAUGUCCAGACUUUAUCUACAAGAUAAAGCAUAUUAAUGCUGUGGUAUGUGUGCUAUGUUUGGAUACCUUUUGAGGGAGUAAGUGCAAUGAAAAAAAAAAAGAUAAAUCUUUGUGCAAUCUUAGCUCUAUCAUCAAAGAGAUACUGGACAGCUGUCAAAUACACUAGUUUGAAAGGCUGACAGUAAAAACUAGAGCAGUGCAGCUUCUCAUAUUGCAGUGUUAAGAAAUGUUGAGUGGUAAUUACCAAUCCACACCUGUGAGUCUGUUUGCUUGUUUUACAGCACGUAGCUAUGCGUGACAUUUCCAUUUCACUGGAAAAUACAAGUGUUGCUGUGGUUGGACAGAAUUCAUCAGUAAUAUCUGCACACAGCAGCACAACAGGAUUUCACCAACUCACGUUUUCCCUACAUUUUACAGUGUGUGGCUGUUGUGGUCAUUAUAAUGGUGAUGCUUUGAAAUGUGGGACUUAAGUGGUUGACCUCAAUUCAGUGAGAUGUCUAAAUGUCUGUAUAACUGAUGUAAUUAAUCAUGACUGGUUAAAUGAUUAAAAUUGCCUGGUCUUUGA